GGCGAUUUUCCUCGUACUGCAUUAAUCUCAAUUGCAUCGCUUUCUGUUAUCAUCAUAAUAGCGAUUGUCGUUUUUUGUGUCUUUAGGUGCAGACAAAGUGGUCCAUCACCGGAACAGUACCCGAUGGUCUGUAACGGUAAACAGGCUCGAUAUACGCCAAUACCGACGGAAAUGUCGCCACAGGUAGUGCACAGUGAUGUUAGUUCGCACUAUGUUGCACAACCAAUUAGCUCUUCAUUCAUCCAGACCCGUGUUAAUCAACUAAACGGUUAUCAGCCAAUCAAAGGCACCGAAAUGCCUAAGUUAAAUGGCCUUGAGGGUAGUAAAAAUGGUAAUUCAAAUGGUAAGAAGAAAGAUUUUAAAGAAUGGUAUGUGUAA